UCACUGUCAAUCCUACGACUGACAGCAGUCUCCGAAAACUGUUAUACCAUCGAUGGAAACAUCCAAAUACUCCCAGCAAUGAGCUUGAAUUGGAUAAAAAUCACUGAAAGGGCUCGAGAGGGCAUCAACAUCAUCAACAGUUUGAACAGUGACGUGUUCUGUACUGUGCUCGACUAUGUGCACAAAAACAUGAGUCCGGUAGAGGAGGAUCAUGACGAGCGCGAAACGGCUUUAGAAGAACUCGAGAAACUAGUUGGAGUACCGCGCGCCGACUUUCUCCUGCUCAUCAAAACGCUUUCAUACAUUCUCAAACGCACCUCGACCUUUGUGAUAAUGCCGACCAAGCUCCAGCAUGAACUGCGGGACAAGCUCAAGUUGAAGGAGGACAAAGUGGAGGCGAUAAUUAAGAAGUGGGUCAAGAACACAAAGCCAAUCUUGGAUAAUCUCGAAGCCGGCAAUGCGGGCAUAAAUGAACUGCAAGACGUUGCAUGGCAGUUAAAGGUGCAGACAUCUUCGCAUUAUCAACAAAGGGAGAAGGCAGUUUUGGGGGUACUGCAGUUAUACACCUCCAAGGACGCGCCGAUUAACUUAGAAAUGAACCAUGAAGAGCUCGCAGGAUUUUACAGUCAACUAGAGAAUAUCCAAAACGAGCUGGACGCAUUGAGAACUGCUGCCAAAUAAGAGCCGUGCCAAAAUAUGAAUAGCCACAAAAAUCUCGUUCCAAAUUAGUCCCAGAAAACUGUUUAAUGCUCGUGAUCCAACGCUAUUAUUCUCCUAGGUAUAAGAUUAUCAAUAAACAUAAUUCGAUAGAUACGAAAA